CUCAAAAAGCAUGAUCACGGAUUCAGUUUUGACUCAUCAGUAUGUCACUACAAGGACUGAAUGUGGUUAUUACGGGAGCUUCGAUGGGCAUCGGCGAGGCGAUCGCUAGCUCAGUUGCAGAACAGGGCGCCAACCUAAUCCUGUUUGCCCGAUCUGAAGAUAAACUCCACGCUCUCGCGGGUCGAAUUCAAAAACAACACCCGAGCGUCAAGAUCAUCAGCAAAGCGGUAGACAUCCAAUCCUACGAAGCAGUCGAAUCUGCUGUCAAGUCCAGCACACAAGAGCUUGGCCAGAUCGACAUCCUCAUCAACAAUGCCGGUCUCGCUCUCGGCGCCCCCGCGCCCUUCCACGAGCUCAAAAUUGCCGACAUCCUCACCAUGAACAACACCAACAUCAACGGAUGGAUGUUCGUCACACACGCCGUGCUGAACGCCUCCAUGAUCCCUCGCAAAGCCGGCACGAUCCUCAACAUCACCUCCGUCACGGGGCUCGAGGUGCCGCCAUUCUCUGGGGAGUGCGUCUACCACACCAACAAGGCCGCCCAGGAAGGGUUCACGAACGCGCUCCGCAAUGAGCUGAGUGGGACGAACAUUCGCGUUCUCGCCCUGCGCCCGGGAUGUGUCGCUACAAACUUCCAUUCGCUGCGCGUGGGGCAUGAUAAGGAGAUGUAUGAUCGGUUCUUUGAGGGGUAUCAGCCCUUGGUGUCGGAGGAUAUUGCCAGAGCGGCAGUUUUCAUGUUGCAGCAGCCGGUGAAUGCUUCAGUGAAGGCGCUGGAUCUUGUUCCGUCUGCUCAGCGGUCGUUGAAUGUGUUUGAUCGGAAUUGGAAUGAGAGGAAUGCUUAGAUUGGUUUGGUGAAGUAGCGGUGGGUUUUACGAAUAUAUCAACCAGAGUUCUA